UCACUUUUUCUAUAAAUAUAACCAACAUCUCUCUCCACUUCUUCAGACAAAACCAAACCUAUUUGGACUUUUCUUGUCUUAAUUCUCAAAAUUUCAUAAAGAUUUAUAGAAAAACUCAAAGAUUAAGGUUUAGUUCUAUAAUCUUUAUCAUCAUCCUUAUUAAAAAGUCCAAUUUCUUGCCCUAAGCUUUACAUCUUCAUAUAGAAAGAAGAAAAAAUGGGAAGACCACCUUGUUGUGAAAAGACUGGAGUGAAGAAAGGGCCAUGGACACCAGAGGAAGACAUCAUCUUAGUUUCUUACAUCCAAGAACAUGGUCCUGGAAACUGGAGAUCUGUCCCCACUAACACAGGUCUGAGGAGAUGUAGCAAGAGCUGCAGAUUGAGAUGGACUAAUUAUCUUCGACCUGGAAUUAAGCGUGGCAAUUUCACUGAGCAUGAAGAAAAGAUGAUUGUUCAUCUCCAAGCCCUUUUAGGCAACAGAUGGGCAGCCAUAGCAUCAUACCUUCCAGAAAGGACAGACAAUGAUAUAAAGAACUAUUGGAACACUCACUUGAAGAAGAAGCUCAAGAAGAUCAAUCAAUCUGGUGAAGAAGAUAAUGAUGACUUCUCUUCAUCAAACACUAUUUCAAAGAAGCAACAUCAAAGCUCAAACAAAGGUCAAUGGGAGAGAAGACUUCAGACUGAUAUCAACAUGGCAAAGCAAGCUCUUUCUGAGGCUUUGUCUUUAGAUAAAAAACCAUCAUCAUCACCAUCAUUGUCAACACCAAUCACACCACAAAACAUCCCUAGCUUCACAUCAGUUUUACUUGACCGUUUUCAUGAUCCAUCCUCUUCUUCUUCCUCUACCACAACAACAACAACCACCACAACAACCAACGCUACAAAUCUAUACACAGCAGGCGUGUAUGCGUCAAGUGCUGAGAACAUCGCUCGGUUGCUUCAAGAUUUCAUGAAAGACACACCAAAACCAUUAACCUUGACAUCCUCAUCACCAGUUUCAGAGACCGGACCACUUGCUUCAGCAGCUUCCGAAGAAGGUGGACAAGGGUUUGAACAAUCUUUCUUUAGCUUCAAUUCCAUGGAAGAAACUCAAAAUCUGACUCAGGAGACAAACUUCUUCCAUAACCAAGAGAGCAAACCCGCAAUAACAAUGGACCAUGAUUUUGGUUUGAUUUCACAAGGACCUCUAUCUUUGUUGGAGAAAUGGCUAUUUGACGAAAACAUGGUCGGUAUGUCGUUAGAAGGACAAGAAGCGAUUUUCUAGAACUACAUCUAGUGGAUUAUUUUCAAUAAUUGAGGGCUUAAUUAGUUAAGAGUUAUAACAAGUAUUAUAGAGUUAUAACCUAUAAUAUAUGUGCUUAUUAUUGCAUUAGGGUUAUAGAGUCUUUAGUAGCUUUUUAGCUCUACAACACUCUUUUUCCCUUUUGGUGAUGUAAUCUCUUUUUCUUAUAAUUCGUAUGUUUCAGAAAGGGUGUAUCAUCUUUAUUUAAGUAUGUGUAAUCUGUUUGUA